AUGGCUAUGGCCUCCGCCGCCGCUCCCGCUCCGAAACGAGCUCCCUUCUUGUUCGCAUACCGCAGCUCCGUGGCCUUCAUCAUCAUCACGGUCGCGUUUGCCGUCUUCACAGACGUCUUCCUCUACGGCGUCAUCGUCCCGGUCGUUCCUUUUGCCCUCGAAUCCCGCGUCGACAUCGCUGGAGGCCAAGUUUAUGGAGCCGCCCUCCUCGUCUCCUCGCCAAUAUGGGGCUAUCUCGCCGACCGCAUCUCCUCCCGCCGCAUGCCCAUGGUCGCCGGUCUCUUGCUCCUGGGCGGAGCGACCGCCCUCCUGUGCGCGGGGACCAGCAUCCCCCUCCUCGUCGUCGGCCGGCUGCUGCAGGGCGCGUCCGCCGCCCUGGUCUGGACGGUCGGCCUCGCCCUCAUCGUCGACGCCACCAGCAGCGAGAACAUGGGCAAGGCCAUGGGGUGGGUGGGCAUGGCGAUGAGCGCGGGCAUCCUCUCGUCGCCGAUGCUGGGGGGUCUCGUGUACAGCGCCGGCGGCUACUACGCCGUCUUCGCCAUGUGCUUCGGCCUGAUCGCUGUCGACACGGCCAUGAGGCUGAUGGCCAUCGACGUCAAGACGGCCCGGGCCUGGCUCGAAGAGGCUCCGACGCCUGCCGAUGGCGGCAUCGCCCUGGACGACGAGCGGCGCCAUGCCGAUGACGGCCAGAAUGGGACGGCCGAGCCGACGCUGCGGGGAGGCAAGGCGACGAGCCGCAGCAAACCCGCCUUCUUGACAUUGCUCCGGAGCCCGCGCCUCCUCGCUGCGCUCUGGGGCACCCUCGUCCACGGCAUCGUCACGACGUCCUUCGACAGCACCCUGCCCCUGUUCGUCUCGGAGACGUUCGACUGGGACUCUGUCGGCGCUGGCCUGAUCUUCCUGCCGUUGGUCACCCCUUCGCUACUCGGACCCCUGGUCGGCGCCGCUUGCGACCGCUGGGGUGCCAGACCGCUGUCGAGCGUCGGGUUUCUCGUCGCGACGCCCUUCCUGAUCUGCCUCCGUUUCGUGGGAAGCGACGGCCUAUCGCAAAAGGCCAUCCUGUGCGUCCUGCUCGUCGGGGUGGGCGUUGCCAUGGCCUUGGUGCUCGGCCCGCUGAUGGCUGAAAUCACUUGGGUCGUCGAGGACGUCAUGCCCACUUCGGCACAGAGCUCCUACGCGCAGGCGUACGGGCUGUACAACAUGGCCUUCUCGGGAGGCGCCCUGCUGGGGCCCAUCAUCGGCGGCAUGAUCCGUGAUGCUGCUGGUUGGGGCACUGUUGGUUGGACUUUGGGCCUGGUGACGUUUGUAACUUCCGUCACGCAGGUCGUCUGGAUCGGUGGCCCUCUGAUCAGGCACAGAAUGAGCGACGAAGCCGGGACGGAGUCUUGA